AGCGGCCGAGGCCGGACGACGCGGCCAGGAGUGCGGAGCCGCGAGCAGCCCUGGGUAACGGCCGUGGCGAUCGCCCGGACGGCGCCAGUCCCGCCGGCGGGCUUUCCUGUCGCCGUUCGCUGCGUUGCCGGCUUCUCGGUGAAUAUUUGGAUGAAGCCAUUAAAUUAAUUGUUUGCCAUCAUGAGCAGAAGCAAGCGUGACAGCAAUUUUUAUAGUGUAGAGAUUGGAGACUCUACGUUUACAGUCUUGAAACGGUAUCAGAAUUUGAAACCUAUAGGCUCAGGAGCUCAAGGAAUAGUAUGUGCAGCUUAUGAUGCCAUUCUUGAAAGAAAUGUUGCAAUCAAGAAGCUAAGCCGGCCAUUUCAGAAUCAGACUCAUGCUAAACGGGCUUACAGAGAGCUAGUUCUUAUGAAAUGUGUUAAUCACAAAAAUAUAAUUGGCCUUUUGAAUGUUUUCACACCACAGAAAUCCCUAGAAGAAUUUCAAGAUGUUUACAUAGUCAUGGAGCUCAUGGAUGCGAAUCUUUGCCAAGUGAUUCAGAUGGAACUAGAUCAUGAAAGAAUGUCCUACCUUCUCUAUCAGAUGCUGUGUGGAAUCAAGCACCUUCACUCUGCUGGAAUUAUUCAUCGGGACCUAAAGCCCAGUAAUAUAGUGGUAAAAUCAGACUGCACUUUGAAGAUUCUUGACUUUGGACUGGCCAGGACUGCAGGAACUAGUUUUAUGAUGACACCUUACGUAGUGACUCGCUACUACAGAGCACCUGAGGUCAUCCUAGGGAUGGGCUACAAAGAAAACGUUGACAUUUGGUCAGUUGGGUGCAUCAUGGGAGAAAUGAUCAAAGGUGGUGUUUUGUUCCCAGGUACAGAUCAUAUUGAUCAGUGGAAUAAAGUUAUUGAACAGCUUGGAACACCAUGCCCUGAAUUCAUGAAGAAACUACAGCCAACAGUAAGGACUUAUGUUGAAAACAGACCUAAAUAUGCUGGAUAUAGCUUUGAGAAACUCUUCCCCGAUGUACUUUUCCCAGCUGACUCGGAACACAACAAACUUAAAGCCAGUCAGGCAAGGGAUUUGUUAUCCAAAAUGCUGGUAAUUGAUGCAUCUAAAAGGAUCUCUGUAGAUGAAGCUCUCCAGCACCCGUAUAUCAAUGUUUGGUAUGAUCCUUCUGAGGCAGAAGCUCCACCACCAAAGAUACCUGACAAGCAGUUAGAUGAAAGGGAACAUACAAUAGAAGAAUGGAAAGAGUUGAUAUACAAAGAAGUUAUGGACUUGGAGGAGAGAACCAAGAAUGGAGUUAUAAGGGGGCAGCCCUCUCCUUUAGGUGCAGCAGUGAUCAAUGGCUCUCAGCAUCCAUCGUCGUCAUCGUCUGUCAAUGAUGUGUCUUCAAUGUCAACAGAUCCGACUUUGGCCUCAGACACAGACAGCAGUCUAGAAGCAUCAGCCGGACCUCUGGGCUGCUGUAGAUGACUACUUGGGCCUC